CCUCCAAAUAUUAACCGUGAAAACUCCGCCCCCCCCAAAAGAAAAAAACAAAAACAACCCGACGUUGCUCUCGGGUUUUGGCUCAGACUCAAACACACCGUCCACCGACCGCAGGAGGGAAGGACUGUCGGACGGUAAAGUGCAGCUGUUAACGCCACGUCGACUAAAACAAACAAAGUAAAGCUUAAACAGUUGUUUCUCUAUUUCUUUUGAUUUGUCGGUCUGAACCGGAGUUUUAACAGCGUGAACAAUGCUGGACCCGUCCUCCAGCGAAGACACCGGCGGGGAGUCGGACCCAGAAGUUGUCCAGGAGGCUCCGAAGAAACCGGCUGCCUCCUCGGCGGGGAAACGGGGGAGCAACAACCGUGCGGGCGGCCAGCAGCGACAGUCCGCCGCACCUGGAGGUCCCCCAGGCAAAGGUGCUAAAGACACUACAGGUGAAGAGGAGGAGAGGAAGGAGCGCGAGCGGAUCCAGAAGGAGGAAGAGGAGAGAAAAAUUAAACUUCAAAUUUAUGUGUUCGUCCUGCGGUGCAUAGCCUACCCGUUCAACGCCAAGCAGCCCACAGACAUGGCCAGGCGGCAGCAGAAGGUGAACAAGCAGCAGCUGCAGGCGGUGAAGGAACGUUUCCUGGCUUUUCUCAACGGGGAAACUCAGAUUGUGGCUGAUGAAGCUUUCUGCAAUGCUGUGAGGAGCUACUAUGAGGGUUUCCUGAAGAGCGAGCGGGUUUCCAGGAUGGUCCAGAGCGGCGGUUGCUCGGCCAACGACUUUCGCGAGGUCUUCAAGAAGAACAUCGAGCGGCGCGUCAGAAGCCUCCCAGAGAUCGACGGCCUGAGCAAAGAGACUGUGCUGAGCUCCUGGAUCGCCAAAUACGAUGCCAUCUACAGGGGGGACGAGGACAUGCGGCGUCAGCCACAGCGGGCGCACCUGAGCGCUGUGUCUGAGCUCAUCCUCAGUAAGGAGCAGCUGUACGAGAUGUUCCAGCAGAUCCUCGGCAUCCGCAAGUUUGAGCACCAGCUGCUGUACAACGCCUGCCAGCUGGACAACGUGGACGAGCAGGCGGCUCAGAUCCGCAGAGAACUGGAUGGAAGGUUACAGCUGGCCGAGAAGAUUUCCAGGGAGAGGAGAUAUCCAAAGUUUGUCUCUGGUGACAUGGAGCCUCUUUAUGUGGAGGAGCUGCGUUCGUCGGUCAACCUGCUCAUGGCCAACCUGGAGAGUCUGCCGGUGUCCAAAGGAGGUCCCGACUUCAAACAGAAGCUCAAACGAUCCUCCAUGAACAACUCCUUCCUGGACAUGGGAGACGAGGGAGACAUCCUGUCCAAGUCUGAUGUCGUGCUGUCCUUCACUCUGGAGAUUGUGAUAGUGGAGGUCCAGGGUCUGAAGUCUGUGGCUCCAAACCGGAUCGUUUACUGCACCAUGGAGGUGGAGGGAGGAGAAAAGCUGCAGACAGAUCAAGCUGAAGCCUCCAGACCACAGUGGGGGACUCAGGGGGACUUUACCACGACUCACCCCCUGCCCUCGGUCAAAGUGAAGCUGUUCACAGAGAGCACUGGGGUCCUGGCUCUGGAGGAUAAGGAGCUGGGCCGGGUGGUCUUGAAUCCAACCACGAAUGGGCCGAAGCAGGCCGAGUUCCACCGGAUGGUCGUCCCGAAGAACAGCCAGGACACAGAGCUGAAGAUCAAACUGGCUGUUCGCAUGGACAAGCCACCCAACAUGAAGCACAGCGGGCACCUGUAUGCUUUGGGACAAAGAGUCUGGAAACGCUGGAAAAGAAGAUAUUUUGUUCUCGUUCAGGUGAGUCAGUACACGUUUGCCAUGUGCAGCUACAGAGAGAAGAAGGCAGAGCCUCAGGAGCUGAUGCAGCUGGAGGGCUACACAGUGGACUACUGCGACCCACAGCCAGGUCUUCAGGGCGGCCGGGUGUUUUUUAAUGCGGUGAAGGAGGGCGACCUGGUGAUGUUUGCCUGUGACGACGAGCAGGACCGGAUGCUGUGGGUCCAGGCCAUGUACCGAGCCACUGGACAGUCCUACAAACCAAUCCCACCGACGCAGAACAAAACCACAAACUGCAGAGGAGGAAUCCAGAAACCAGCAUCCCCCAUUAGUCUGGAUCCAUCUCAGCGCCAGGGGGUGGAGGAGCUGAUCUCUGCAGCUCCGUGUCGCUUCGACCAUGCUGCCCUGUUUACCAUUUUACAGAAAAACACUCUGCAGCACCGCAUGAACGACUCCUUCUCCUGCCUGGGUUGGUUCAGCCCCGGUCAGGUGUUUGUCCUGGAUGAGUACUGUGCUCGAUAUGGCGUUCGAGGCUGCCACCGUCACCUGAGCUACCUGAAGGAUCUGAUGGAUUAUUCAGAGAACAACGCGUUGGUCGACCCUACACUGCUGCACUACAGCUACGCCUUCUGCGCCUCCCAUGUCCAUGGAAACAGGCCUGAUGGGAUGGGGACGGUGACCGUGGAGGAAAAAGAGCACUUUGAGGCCAUCAGGAGUCGGCUAAUGACUCUUCUGGAGAACCAGAUCACACAUUUUAGGUGUUGAUGAAGGACAUCACCACUCCUGUUCCCCCAGAGGAUAUGAAGAAACUUGUGCAAAAAUGUCUGGAAAAAGCAGCUCAAAUCAACUACAGUCAGCUGAUUGAAUACGCUCAGAUCAAAGUGGAUGCUCAGGCAGCUCCAGAGAAGAGGCUGGAGGACAUGAUGCGUCUGGGAGAACUCUGCAUCGAAGUUUUGCAGCAGAACGACGAGCAUCACUCCGAGGCUUUCUCAUGGUGGCCGGAGCUGAUGGCUGAACAUGCUGAGACAUUUCUGUCUCUGUACAGAGCCGACAUGGACGCCACACUGCAGGUCCAGCCUGUCGACUCCUGGGACAGCUUCCCACUAUUCCAGCUCCUCAACAACUUCCUGCAAAGUGAUCCUCACCUGUGCAAUGGGACGUUCCACAAGCACCUGCAGGAACUGUUUGUCCCCCUGGUGGUGCGCUACAUCGACCUGAUGGAGUCGUCCAUCGCCCAGUCCAUCCACCGUGGCUUCGAGCAGGAAACCUGGCAGUCCGUCAAGUCGUUAACUAACAAUCUAGCGAGCGUUCCUCUUCCCAAAGUACCCAGCCUCCCUCUCACGCUGCCACAGAUGCCCAGCUUCUCCACGCCCGCCUGGAUGGGACCUCUGUGUGAGAACACCUUGCAAGGAAUAAAUCUACCUGACAUCUUUAAUGGCUCAGCCACCUCGGAGGAUUUGUUCUGGAAGCUGGACGCUCUGCAGAUGUUCGUUCUGGACCUCCAUUGGCCUGAGCCUGAGUUCGCCAAACAUCUGGAGCAGAGACUCAAACUGAUGGCCAGUGACAUGAUGGAGGCCUGUGUCAAAAGAACAAAAUCUGCAUUUGAUGCCAAAAUGCAGAAAGCAAGUAAGUCAACAGACUUCCGGGUGCCACUGUCAGUCUGCACUAUGUUUAAUGUGCUGAUGGAUGCCAAGAAGCAGUGCUCCAAACUCUGCGUGCUGGACACCGGUGAGGAGAUUGACAAACAAUGGCAACAGUACCACUCCAAAAUCGAUGUUCUGAUUGACGAGGCGUUUAAAGACAUGAUUUCCUCCCUCGUCUCAAAGUUUGCUGCUGUUUUAGACUGCGUCCUCUCCAAGCUCUCUAGAUACGAUGAAGGGACAUUCUUCUCUUCAAUCCUCUCUUUCACAAAACCAGGGAUGGAUCUGGCCGACACCUACAUCACCUUCGUACGGCAGAACCAGGACAUUCUCAGAGACCGCGUCAACGAUGAGCUGUACAUCGAGAAGGUGUUUGAUCAAUGGUACACCGGCUCCACAAAGGCUGUGUGUGUUUGGCUGACAGACAGACUGGACCUGCAGCUCCACAUGUACCAGCUGAAAACACUCAUCAAGAUUGUGAAGAAGACCUACCGUGACUUCAGGCUGCAGGGCGUCCUGGAUGGCACACUGAACAACAAGAGCUACGAGACCAUCUACAACCGGCUUACAGUGGAGGAAGCCACAGCGGCUGUCAAAGCGGGAGACGGCCUGCAGGGUAUCAGCAUGAGAGACAGCGAUGAGGAGGACGAUUAAACACACAUACUUCAUACUUUCACACACUGUGUUACUGCUUGAUUAUCAUCCUUUCUUACAGAUCAGGACUUUAUAUUACAGUGAAUGAUAUGUGUCCUCUAUAGUGAACUUUGCUGAAACUACAGUAACAAAUGUAAUAUUAUAAUAAGGCCCUGAAAAUGAAAAAGAAACAUCAAAACUAUGUCAUGCUAAUGUUAGUUAGCUGUUCUCCACUGAACUCCACUUCAUUCCGUCUAAAUCAAUAUAAACUAAAACUAAAGUCAACAAAAUAAGAGUGGGUAAUGAUCAGAAAUGUGUAUCUUGCCGCUGAGCAAAACACUUUGUGUAUGAUUAACUGCAGCCAACCACUUUUAGCUCACUCAUCAUCUCCUGAUGGAAAAUAUAAACUACAACAAAUCUGACACUGCAGGUGACUAAUAUAAUUUCAUCAUAAUGUACACAAAGGGAUACCUGUCAUCUGGUAUCAGGACAAGUCACGCUCACUAUAGAUAAGCUAGCAGACCAUGUUGUUAAAGCAUGUUCUCUGUUCAACAACCGCAGUCAGUAAACCUCUUUAAAGGUGCAGUGUCCAAGUUUAGGAGGAUCUAUUGGUAAAAAUGGAAUAUAAUAUGCAUAACUUUGUUUUCAUUAGUAUACAAUCACCUGCAUAUAGGAAUCAUUGUGUUUUUGUGACCUUAGAACGAGCCAUUUUCUAUCAUUUUAUCCUUUCGCACUUAGAAGGGGAGGGUGAAGCGAGGGGAUUUCAAUCUGUAGCUAUACCGCUAGAGGCCACUAAACCCUACAGGAAAACAAUAGAAAGAAGAAAUGGUUAUCAGGCACAAUGUGCUUCUUAACAGCAAAGCAAGCUACACUAAUGUUAGCUAGCAAGUUAUUUUCUAAUAAAGUUUGCUUCACUCAGUCACACUCAAGAAUACAAAUUCUGAACUCUUUAAAAAGGUAAAAAAUUUGAUAAAGAUACAUCGUGACUAGAACUGAAUUAAAGUUAUACCCCUGUAUACCCCCAUUUGAAUUUAACGUUACGUAAGCUGGCUGACGUUAAUGUAGUAGCUAUCAUAUUUCUAGCUAACAGGACACAUUCAUUCAGACAGCUGUUGUUAGGUGAUGAUGGACACAUUUUUGUCAUUACUGGUAUAAACAUUUCGUACAGUUACAGUCAUAGUUGAUAAUGGAGUCCAGCAGUUAUAAGCUUUGCAUCAGCUUUUUGAUUUAAAUACAAAUUUAUCAUGAGAACUAAAAAAAGAAAUCUUCACAAAUUAAAGAAUAGGGCUAGCAUUGUUGUGUAUUUUUCUUUAACAAAUCCAAUGAGAAGACCAAAACCAACAAUGUUCUAGUCAAUUUCUCAAUACUUUCCAACUUCUCUACCCUGUGUGAUUCAUCAUGGAGGUGAAAAGGUGAACCCUUUUUCUGCUUUACAGCCACAUACCUUAUUUUCUCUACACACUGAAAACUUUGAUGCUCAAAAAAAUCUUGCGGAAAAAAAACACAACUUCACACUGUUUCUCUCCAACUCCUCCGUGAGAGUGCAGAGUGCAGUUGCACAUGUGCAGUAGAGGUAACAUAUCAUGCAUUAUGACUGAAUGUCCUGAUCAGAUAAGGAUGAAUGCGCAGGUAGUGACACCUCCCGCCACAUUUUACCCAACCUGUCACACAGUCAUUGCCUGAGCGCUGCUGUUCAUACGUGUUGAAACGUACGUACAUGAGUGAGAAUGUACGAUAGUGUCAAGGUGAGGCGAGGCAUCUGAAGGACACUCUGGAUGGUGCUGAGACAAACGUCGUCCUCCCUCUCUCACCUGCAGGACAGGAAGCCCCGCCCUCCACAUGCAGCCAUACUCUACUCUUUGAUGUCACUUUGUACAGUAGAGCUCAGCGAUCACCGCCAGUGCAGCUCCUUCCUGUUUGGUUUUCAUCCAGUAGUAGCUUAUUGUUGAAAGCGCGAAAGGCUCCGGCAGCUCGGACCCCAGUGUUUUGGAGUGAUCUUGCCACAAUUGAUGGCAUUUUCCUGAAAGCAACAGCAGCUAAAUUAACUAACAAGAUUUCUUUUUAUUUGACAGGAAGCUUGGAAUUGUAAGGGUUUAUUUGACUGUUUUAAUCAAAGUUACAUCAGCACGACUGCCUGAACAAUAUCACCAUUCUUUUGCCCGGAAUAGUGGGCAAAUCUGCAGCACACAACUUACAAUGCCAAAGUUUCUGCACUAGUGUGUUUAUGUAGUGAAGCAGAAAGUAAAGUCGGGGUAGUAAAUGGCAUGAUAGCUGAAUGUACUACCAUUCAGCUAUCAUGGCAAAGACUGAUUUGAAUCCCAUCACAGACCAAACAAUUAAUGUUAGCUUUUGUUAACCGUCACAGUCAUCUUUCCCUAAAGUUAAGCAAGUGUUUUAGUUGCCUAAGAGAACCCAGACCUUAAAGUAUUAGUAUGGUUUUAUUACCGUUUGGUUCUUUGUUCAUCAUUUCGUGGCGGUGUUUACAAUGGACAUAUUUUUACUGUUUCCCUUCAUUUUUCGUUCUAAGUAAGUUUGUCUGACUGCCCGUGCUUUUUGGGCUAUUGUACUUCCAAUAACUUUGAAUGUUAUUGUAAAUUGACGGUUGAUAAACCCAAGUUGUAAUAAACAAGGAGUAUCAUUUACCUUGAGCUUAACCACGCUUUCCACAAUAAUCUUUCUGUAACACAAAAUAAGAAUCAAACAUUAGCGUUUCAUGCUCAGAAGCUUUGUCACAAAAUCCAGGGUUUUCUGGAGCCUUCUGUCAAGGUUUUUUGUGGCAAUAGUUUUGAACUUUCAGAACAAAAAAACAAAUGACUUAAUAGCUUCAUGUUUGAUGUUCAGUGUCUCUGCAGUAGAACUCUUACAACUCCAAGCUAAUAAAACGUUGCUGCUGUAGUUUCUGAAUCUGAACCUUCUGUAGCUCAAAAUGUCCGAUCGGUGGCCUCUGGUGGAAGAAAAGAUGCAAAUACAUAAAAUAUUUCUACUCUGGUUGUCCACUGUAAAAUGAAAUAUUACUGAAACGGGUUUCUGGGUUAUGUGAAACAAAUCUACACAAAAGUUUCAUCACUCGAAGGUCUUAAAAAGUGCUGAAACGGCAUCCGAACUCUCUGAUUGGAGAAUAAUUGUUCAGAAUCAUGACUACAUGUCGAUGUAGUUGUAGAUCUGCUGUCAUCUCUGUUCAUUGUGAUAGUUACUGUUGUGAAGAAUAAUAUUGAGCUGUAGAGUGAUAUGGUCUUACUGCCUGAUGUGCAUCAUAUCCAACAUUGAUCAAAGUCUUAGAAACGUGCCAACAAACUGGAAAAGCGUGGACUUUUUUUCAACAUGAACUUCUUCGGAGAACGUGGAUCUGUUUUAAUCUGAUUGAUGUGUUUAUGAUCAGCUGUGAGCAGACGAAGCAUCUCAUCACUGCUGUUCGUUCACUACUGUCUGUUUGCGUGUUGUCGUUGACAAAAUAAGAGUUUUACCUGUAAAGUCAGUGUAAGCCUCUGAUCUACUGUGUGCAACAACCUGCUGUUUGUUUUAACUGUCCGAUCCAGUUUGUGUCAGUGCAGUUCAAAGGACAAAAACUAAAGGACAAAAAUCUAUAUAAAGAAGUAUAUUUAUAUUGUCUUAUUGUGCACCUGUUUUGUUCAGGUGUCUUAUCUAAGUGUCACUAUUAAAAGUGUU